GUUGUCACUGGGAGUGGAACAAUAGCCACAGGCUGAAAGUCAGACGGAAGCUUGGCUCUCUGUCUGCCUUCUCUGAAAUAUUCCACAUACUCCCAUGGACUGCAUCAAACUCGCUUUCCACCUGCCUGGUCUCAACAGGGUGAGGUACUGUGUCAAGUCUUUCAUUGAUACUGAUAAGCAUUUUCCAGAGAAGGACUCAGCACACCUUUAAUAAAGGAAUUCUCAAGGUGUACAUGGACAAAAUGCUCGAGUCUAUUUGCGUAACUGAAGAACUGCACUGGCCUGAAGAGGAACUUACAAGAAAAUCCAUUCUUAACAUUGACAAUAAACACAGCUCAGAAGUGGGAAAGGCAGUAGAUGAAAUAUCUGUAAGUAUACUUAGAGACACAUUUACAACAGGAACCAGCAGUUAUAAUGUUCUCCUUCAAACAAAGGAGGAAAAAAAAACACACCAGCAAAAGCAGUCCUCAUGCAAUCAAAACAAAAAGCACAAAAAGGCAAGCAAAGCUUCCACUACUACAACGCACACCAAGGAACGCCAUAAAAGUAGAAGCAAUGUUCUACGCAGUGACUGUGUAUUUAUCAAACGGAAAUCACCUUGUUGUGUCUCCAGCAAUAAACCCAGCAGUAUGAAAAUUUCACAAAGCAUAUGUGUCAGAGGGAGCCACAUAGGUCUCAUGCACAGGCCUAAACUCAGAGCCCAGAGAGAACACUGCUUUUCAUCCCAGAACAAAGAAAAAGAGAUUACUCCACUGCCAAAAUCUCAAAUAAGUAAAGGCAUCUCAGGGAAGAAAUGUUGUAUCUUAAAUGCCAUAAAGCCUUCAAAUGUGGAGAGAGAAAAGAUGAAGUUUUUCAAGUCAGAAUUUACUUACAAUCCUCAGUUUGAAUAUGCCAACCCAGCCCAACCAACUGUCCUAGAUAAACACAGCAAUGCAUCUGACAGAUUUCUUAAACAGGCCAUAAAUAUAAUGCUAAGGGCACUAAAGAAAUAUGGAAGUUAUGAAAAAUUUGAACAAGCCACUGGGGGCAGUCUUCUCUCAAAAAAACAGAUACGGUACCAAGUGCGCAAAUACAUGGAAAGGGAAGGUUGUCUGGGUGAGAUUGUCGUUCACCUGACUGAAGAUCUUCUUUCACGUGCAGCUAUGACAGUCGUAAAUGGUUGUCCAACACUAACCAUCAAUGUCUCCACGGCUCGAGAACAGUGGUUGGAAGGGAUGCUUAGACAUGAAAUAGGUACCCAUUAUUUUCGAGGAAUGAACAAUAACUUACAGCCAUGGAAUAACAGCAAUGGGCGUAAAAAGCAUGGUCUGAAGCCAGUCAACCCAACAGAAGAAGGCCUUGCAAGUAUCCACAGUGUCUUGUUUCGCAAAGAUCCCUUUUUGUGGAGAGCUGCCCUUCUCUAUUAUACUGUCUACAAAGCAAGUUGCAUGUCUUUUGUUGAGCUCUUCAAAGAUGUGGGACAGUUUGUCAAGGACCCAAACACAAGAUGGGAUUAUUGUGUCCGAGCAAAGAGAGGUUCGACUGAUACUUCGCAGCCAGGUUGCUUCAAUAAAGAUCAGGUAUAUCUAGAUGGCAUUCUUCGAAUUCUCAGGCACAGAGAAACCAUAGAUUUCUGCUUAUUAACCUCCAUGGGAAAGGUCUCCUAUGAGGAUUUAGAGCAUCUUAAAGACUUUGCCGUUUUGGAAAACGUACGAAUUCCUCAGUUCCUUCAUGACAGGGAUCGAUACAUGAGAUAUUUGGAGAAGAUCAUGCAAGUGAAUGCACUGAGUGAUGCAGAACUAGCAAUCAUCACUGACUGAGCAUCAGAUGAGCAUAUUUAGCCAUUCCUUUGAAAACUAGAGAAUAAUCGUGCAAUAAGAGGCUUUUGCUUUCAAUGUCAACUGAAAACUAUUAAAAAAUUGCAAUAUGAAGAACACUAAUUCUGGAAUAUUUGUAUUUGUUAUAUUUUGAACUACCUUUGUAUUUCUGGUUCUAUGGUUAACAGUAAUGUGAUGCAUAUACAAUGCCCUGCAUAAGGUGGGUGCAAAGCCAUCAAUCAAAAGUAACCCAUAUUUCUAGGUAAAGACUGUAUCCAACACUUAUGUGUUUAAAUAAUGAUUUGUAUUAAAUACAUUGUUGCCAAA